CUCGUCUGGCGGCGGUCGACGGGUGGCAGCCGGCAUUGGUGAAAGGCUGAGCAGCUCAGCUCUCUCUUGGCAUUCCGCUGCAGCACGCUCUAGAGUUUGAGUGUUUCUCAGAACCAGCGCCAUGUCAUACGAACAUUCAAGCAACUCAAUGAUGGGUGCUGAGGGCUUCGGCUCUGACUCCUUCAACGAUCGCGGCGAGCUGGUGACGGGCACAAGCGGCGGCAUGUCGUAUGCCCCAUCUUCGGCCCAACGGGGAAUCUUUCGCAAGGGUACCAAUGAUCCUGCACAGAUCUUGGACAUCGGCAAGGAUGCCGACAAGCUUCGCACCAUGAAGGUGGUGAUUCAGGAGAUGGCACAGGGCAAUGACCAGUCGGAGCUCUUCUCCUCUGUCGUCAAAUGCGUAGUGACCAAGAACAUGGAGCUCAAAAAGCUUGUGUACAUGUAUCUCGUUCGCUACGCCGAAGAUGUGCCCGACCUGGCCCUCCUCUCUGUUGCCACCUUUCAAAAGGGUCUCGCAGAUCCCAACCAGCUGAUUCGAGCCAGCGCUCUGCGUGUUCUUUCCUCCAUUCGCGUACCUGACAUUGUGCCCAUCAUGGAGAUUGCUCUCAAGCAGGCGGCUAGUGACAUGUCUCCCUAUGUCCGCAAAACGGCGGCCCACGCACUGCCCAAGCUUUUCGAACUUGCCCCACAUGAGAAGGAUUCAAUUGUGGAUAUUAUCGAGAAGCUGCUUUGCGAUCGUACCACCAUGGUCCUGGGCUCCGUCAUCAUGGCUUUUGAGGAGAUCUGUCCUGAACGCCUGGAUUUGAUCCACCGCCAUUACCGCAAGCUGUGCAACACCCUCUUGGACAUUGAUGAGUGGGGCCAAGCCGCCAUCAUCAACCUACUCGUGCGCUAUGCCCGCACUCAAUUCACCGACCCCAAUCAGGGUCAUGCCGAAACUUCGUUGGAUGCCGGGGGCUUCUACGGCGAUGAGGACGAGGAGGAAUCCGAAGACUCGGAUGAUGACGACGAUGACGAUGAUUCUGGCGAUGGCAAAAAGAAGAAGACUUAUGUCAUGGAUCCGGAUCACCGUCUCUUCUUGCGCUCAAUUCAACCGCUGCUGAUGUCCCGCAAUGCGAGUGUCAUCAUGGCCAUUGCACAAGCCUACUACUACCUUGCACCACACUCAGAGAUUAGCAUCGUGGCCAAGCCCAUGAUUCGUCUUCUCAAGUGUGGUCGCGAGGCGCAGUACAUCACCUUGACGGCCAUUGCCAGCAUGGUUUCCACCCGCCGCGGCAUGUUCGAGCCAUUCUUGACCUCAUUUUUUGUCCAACAUCUCGACCCACAAUGCGUGCGUCUUCUGAAGCUUGAAAUCCUGACCAUUCUGGCCAAUGAGAGCAACAUUAGCCCCAUCCUGCGCGAGUUCCAGGAAUACGUCAAGCAUCCCAACCGCGAGUUUGUGACGCAAACCAUUCAAUGCAUCGGUCGCUGCGCUUCCACGCUGACCAACGUGACUGAGUCUUGUCUCACGGGCCUCAUGGCCUUGAUGAAGAACCGCGAUGAGGCAGUCGUCGCCGAGUCAGUGGUCGUCAUCAAGAAACUUUUGCAACUCAACCCCGAAGCUCACAAAGAAAUCAUCAUUAUGAUGUCCAAGAUGGCUAGCUCGAUGAAAGUACCCAUGGCCAAAGCUAGCAUUCUGUGGCUCAUUGGCGAGUACAGCAGCCAUGUUCCCAAGAUUGCACCCGAUGUCUUGCGACAGAUGGCGCAGACGUUUGCUUCGGAAGAGCCCAUCGUCAAGUUGCAAAUCUUGAACCUGGCUUCCAAGCUCUACGUCACAAACAGCAAGCAAACCAAGCUGCUGACUCAAUACAUUUUGAACAUGGCCAAAUACGACAUGAACUAUGACAUUCGUGAUCGUGCCCGUGUCAUUCGGGGCCUUCUCUUGGUGAAGGACACCCGCUUGCAUCGCAAGUCAAAAAAGUUUUUCCUGAGCGAAAAGCCUGCGCCCAACCUCAAGACGACCUUUGACGAUCGCAACCGCUACCAGAUUGGCACCAUGUCACAUGUGCUCAAUCAGGAAGUGAAUGGCUGGGAGCCCCUGCCUGAUUUUCCCAUGGAGGCGCCUGACCCGUCUGUGCGAGAUGUCGAUGAGAAGGUUGUCGAGGAAACCUACACCGACACGCGAGGUGCCUUCUUUGAGGAACCUUCGGCCUCAGAUUCCGAUACGGACAGCGACUCGGACAGCAGCGACAGCAGUGGCAGUGGCAGUGAUAGUGGAUCCGAUUCUGACUCAGACGAUAGCGACUCAGACUCGGACUCGGACAGCGACUCAGACGAGUAUUCUGGUACGCUGAAAGUAUUGCUCGACUCUUCUGCAGAUGAAAAAGAAAAUAGCAGUGGAAGUGAUAGCGGCAGUGAUAGUGAUAGUGAUAGUGGCAGCGACAGUGACAGCGAUGACAGCGAGAAGGCCGAGACCACUGCCAAGCCGGCCCCCAGCAACUUGGGUGAUCUCUGUGCGUAG